UAAUCGGUAUUUUCCUCAAUUAUGAACUAUAUCCUCUUAACAGCGGGUGAGUUGUGGUUUGCAGCCGCCGCGGAAGUGGGAUGACACCUUGUUGUGGUUCGGACUCGGUCACAUGGUGUUUGGAUGGUCAGUCGUGAGAUCCACAUCAGUGUGUACAGACGUGUUAACCAGCCAUCUGCUGUUAGUGUGUGACCGCAGUUUCACCGCCGACUUGCUGACACUGGGGUUUCCCUUCUCAGCAUGCCUCACAAGAGCAAGAAAGAAAAGGAAUCCUCCAAAUCUGGAAGAUCUAAAAAAUCUGGAAGUAAAAAUGGGCCUGCAGAUGACAACGAUGGCUCCAAUAAGAAAGUACCUCCCGCAACUCAGCUGAUGAGGGUGAAGCAACCAGGGUCACACUCGGCCGUGAAGAGAGAGAAGAGGUUCAGCACUUCCCUUUUCCCUCUCAGUGCUAACAGAGAGCUGCAUAAACUACAUGCACUGGCAGGUAUGCCUCCCUCCAUAUGCAGUGUCUCCUUCAGAAGCGAUCACUUCUUUCUUCAAAUGCAACUCCACGACAUUUCCCUCCUCUGUAAUACCUCAUUUACAUAGACAAGCUUAUUCUGGAAAAUUCUAGAUGACCUUUAUCUAUGAUUGCAUGUUUGGCCUAUUUGGAUGAAGGGAAUCAUAUUAACAAUUCAUAGCCUUAGUGGAUCUUCAUAACCGCCUUUUUAACCUUGAGGUCCAUGCAUGCUACAUAAUUUAUAGCUAAGCAGACUGCCCAUCAGCUUUAUCUGUAAUGCAAAUGAUGUGCAAUCAGCUGCAUCUGCCGCCGUACCUGAAAGAAACAGAUAUUACCCCGGAGGGCUCCAUGAUGUAAGGUAACCCUGACCCAGACUUCAUGGACAGGUGACCAGAAGACAGUGGUGGAAUAUGGGUCAACAAAUAAAAACUCAAAUCAGUCAAUAAACUCUGACAUAUA